AUGGCUCAGGAUUUACUGCAAAAAGUUACUUCCCUGGGAGUGGAAGCAAAUGUGAGUGAGUUAAUCAUAAAGGAGUUGAAGAUAUGGAAUGAAGACCUGAUAAGAGAAAAAUUUAAUAGAAAGGAAGCUGACCUGAUGUGCAGUUUACCAAUUAGUAACAGAGGUGGGGCAGAUAAGAUAAUAUGGAAUUAUAGCAAAGAUGGCAAAUUCUCUAGGGAGGCUACAGUGGACAAACUGUUGCUGGAUGGGGGUUCAUGGAAUGAAAAUCUAAUUGAUGAGAUAUUUUCAGUUGAAGAAGCUGUUGUGAUCAAAACCUUGACUUAUCAAAGUCUUUCUAAGUUCCUGGGAGGGUGCUCUAACCAUCAACACUUUUCUCAGUCAUUGAAACGUAUAUGGCCCUCACAAGUUCCUCAUGCUGUUAAAGUAUUCUUAUGGAGAGCUGUUAGUGAGGCACUCCCAACCAAAUGCAACUUGUUCAAAAGAAAGAUUUCUGUUAAUGAGAUCUGGCUGAGAAGAAACAUAUGGGUUUUUUAUGAUCUUUUUGAUAGUCCAUCAAAGUUGUGGCAGAAGGCAAAACUGGAACUGGAAGCUUUCCAACAGGCUCAGAUUCAAGACAAGGCUGCUUGUGUAGAUCAGAAUGUUAGCAGGAGAUUGGCUCAAUGGAGCAGACUAGAAGGGGACUGCGUAAAAGCCAACUGGGAUGCAGCUUUCAUCUCAAACGGUGGGAAGAUGGGAGGGGGUUGUGUCUUCAGAAAUAGUUCAGGAGAACUGUUAGCUGCUGUAGGAUGGCCAAGAAGUUUUAUUGGCAGCCCUUUGCAAGCUGAAGCAGUAGCUUUGGAGAGGACUAUUGAAUUGUGUGUUGAGUUGGGGUUUCAGCAGGUUGUGUUUGAAGGAGAUUCACUGAAUUUGGUUCAAGAUAUUCUAAGCAUAGAGGAGAAUCGCUCAUGGUAUGGCCAGAUUGUUGAAGAUCUCAAGUCUGUUUUCAAGCAUCCAACUCGACGGAAAAUCCAGUUUACUCCCAGACAUUGCAAUCAGGUUGCUCAUAUCCUUGCAAGGAUGGCUUUACAGUUAGAUGACGAAGCUGGUCAUCCUUUGGCAGCUGUCUUCAUCAAGCGCAGUUGGAUACUAUUCAUUGACCAGAAGGAUGAAGGGAGGGAGAUUUUUUUCUACAUCGACAUCAUAUUUGAGUUUUAUAUUGAGAUUGAUGUUGCCAGCCGAUAUGAUGAUUUAUACAUAAUCUUGGUUCGGGGCACAUCAGUUACAUUUUCAGUAGACGCAGUUGCCCAUUUUAUUGGUAUCCCUCAGUUACCCAUUGCAUAUCCAAAUGUGGUGCCUAGGGAGUCUACAGAUGCUGGUGAUGGGGAGAUGGUUGAGGAUAAGGGCAUUGAUGUAGAUGGAGUGGAUGGCCUUACUGAUCAUGAGGUUCAACUGUGA